CUUGAGUAUAUAUUUGACAACCUGAUGCGUAACUAACCAAAACUCACAUUGUUAUUCACUUUGGGAUAUAGUUGUGUUAUAUAUUGUCUUAAUAAUGGCCGAUGAAGAAUACGAUGGUGACGAUGUUGGUGAUGACUUCGAUGACGAUGUAGAGGAUGAUAACAUUGAAGAGUUGGAGCAGCAGGAGGAGGAGGGUGAUAACAUUGAUGUUUUAAAUCCAGGACAGGCUGGUGGAGGUGUUCCAAAGAACAAGAGGAUCACAACAAAAUAUAUGACAAAGUAUGAGAGAGCCAGAGUGUUGGGCACCAGGGCUCUGCAAAUCUCCAUGUGUGCCCCAGUCAUGGUUGAGCUUGAUGGAGAAACUGAUCCUCUGCAGAUUGCCAUGAAAGAAUUGAAGCAAAGGAAGAUUCCGAUCAUUAUCAGGAGGUAUUUGCCAGACAACUCAUAUGAGGAUUGGGGCAUUGAUGAGCUGAUCAUCAUUGAUCAUUAGACUAUAUUUUGUAUAAUGUAUUAUUUUACUUAGAAUUAAAUAAAUAUGUUUUUUUUAUAUUA